UCCUACUUCGUUUGACACGCCGCACUUUCAGCUCGUUUUUGAGUUACAGUUGUGUUAUCGGCAUCAAGAUGGGAAUGCGUCGAGGAAGAAGCACGAAAAAUCCACCAAUUUUCAGCCACGAGUUCUUUAUACAGAACCAUGCGGAUAUUGUGUCAUGCAUUGCAAUGGUGUUCGUCGUUGGUCUCAUGUUUCAGGCAACAGCACCGGUAGCAACACUAUUUGUAGCUCUUCAGCAUAAUGUCACCCGGAAUGGCACUGAUACCUCAGCAGAUGAUGUGGGCUUGUAUACAUACGGUCGUAAAGACAUCUUCUCCACGCUGUUCUAUCUUCUCAUCUGUAUCGUGGUACACGCCGUAAUUCAGGAGUAUGUUCUUGAUAAGCUGAACAGGAAGAUGCAUCUGUCUAAAGUGAAGCACAGCAAGUUCAACGAGUCGGGCCAACUGUUGGCGUUCUACUUUGCCUCGGCUGUCUGGGGAGCAGACAUCAUUGUUAGAGAAAGCUACAUCAAUAUAAACCAGUUAUGGGAAGGCUAUCCUCAUGCAGAAUUAACGUUUGUGGUGAAAUUUUUCUUCAUUCUACAAAUAGCCUACUGGAUCCACUGCUUCCCAGAGUUAUAUUUCCAAAAAAUCAAAAAGGAGGAGAUCUCAUCUCGUAUACAGUAUGCUUCCCUCUAUCUCGUGUUUAUUGUCGGAGCCUAUGUACUCAAUUUUAACCGUGUUGCCCUCUGUAUGAUGGUGUUGCAUUAUUUGGUGGAAUUUGUCUUCCAUUUAGCAAGACUUCUAUACUUUGCUGAGAAGAGUGAAUUAGCUAACACAGGAUUCAUGGUUUUUAAUGGGCUGUUUGUACUGGUCAGACUUGGAACAAUCAUUCUAGCUGUUCUUACAUUCUGGUAUGGUUUAGACCAGAACAGCCAAGCCUCUGUGGACUUUGCUGCGGGAAACUUUAAUGCUCAGUGGGUCAGAAUCAAUUGUCUUGCUGCUGUGUGCCUGCUUCAGGCCUGGAUGAUGUGGAACUUUAUCAACUUCCAUCUAAGGAGGCGAAGGGAAAAAAGUGCUGCCUCUCGAAGGCUUAAGUCACCAAACAAGAAAAGAAACAAGGUUGCAGAAGAAGACAUAAACUCGCUGCCAGAAGUUGACCAGAACACGGCCACUGAGAAUGGAAAUGUGAGGGCACGCAAAGGCAAAAAGAUGUAGAGACCUUACACAGGGGUCAGUCAUUAACAGCUGAAAACAAAGAAAUACUGAAGUAUUGAUCAGUCAAAAUUUCAACAUGAACGAUAAAAUCUUUCUUGAUGUGAAGUUAUCAUUUCUGGUAGUAGAUGUUAUAUUUAUAAACAGCCACUGACUGGUUGAAACUCUUUAAUUGUGAUUUCUGUUGGUGAAAAUGUCUCAUGAUGUAAUUGAUGGAUAUAAAUCUGCUUUUGAGUAACAAAGCAUCUUUGGUUGUACAUGUAAAAUCAUAUUCUUGCCAUUUAAAAAAAAAUUGGCGUAAUUCAGCAUCAGGUUUGAGUUUAAAAAUGCAUAAUUGAUCACGGUAGUUUUCUCACGAUCUAGACUGUUCAAAUUUUCAUGCUUUAGCUCCAUGUCGAGUGAAAAGUUUAAUAUGUUUCACUCCUGAAAACUCUAUCUAAUUCAGUGUGGGUUUUUUUUUUCGCUAAUAAAAGUUUUUGGAUUUCAAUUUUUUUCCGGAAAUUAAAAAGUAUUAAAACACACCUUCAUACCACCAAAUUUCAUAAUGUUUUAAAAUGUAAAAAAAAAUUAAAUGUAUCAUAAUUUGGUAUAAUGAAGAUUUGAAUAAGGAUAGCAAGGGACUGUUGAUUUCAAAAGUGAAAAAAAAGACAAAUGCAUGCAAAUUCCUAACUUUGGGGAGACAGCAAGUGUUCUGUAAUAUUACUGAUUAAUGUCCCAUUGUUGUGGUCUAGCUACAUGGAAUUAAAGUACAUAUAGGUAUUGUUACAGUAUAUGUUGAUAUUGAUAUAUGUGAAAAGCUUUCAAAAUUUAACAUUUUUUCCCCAGUUUGACAAAUUUGGUUCCAUAAAACCAUUUAACAUUGUUUGAUGAUUAAAAGAUUCAAGGUGACUAAAAGAACAUGUAUGACACUAGGCAUAUACAUUAAUAUGUAAACUGAAAUCAAAAGAGCGUUGGGUUGUUUUUGUUAUAUAAACUAUGGUAUUAUGAUGCUGGACAUUGUCUGCUGGCUCAUUCUGUUGAUAUCUGGACCCAAUACUAUCUAUGUAUAAAAUAUCGGACGCAUUGCAACAAUAUUUUGUUAAAUCUCAAAAUGUGUUUGUUGAUUUUUUUUUUUUUUUUGCGAUUUAUCUAAAGAGUGUAAUUUUGUUUCGACUAUAGUGGAUUGUCCUGAAUUCUAGGGCAGAUAUAGUUUUCAGUUUAUUACAAGAAAAGUGUUUUUUUUCAAAAUUGUUUUUAAAAUGUUAUUAUUAAGGAUGUAUGCUACCUUGUUGAGAAGUGAAUCUCUUCUGAGAUAGUUCCACACUUGGAAGCCUGUUUUAGAUUUGUAGUUAUGUUAAGUACUAAACUAGUAGUAGUACUGGUAUGGUCGAUGGACUUAUUCUUGAUGACAAAUCUGAUAUGAAAAUGGAAAUUGACAACACUUUGGAAAUUACACAAGAAUUGAUGAUGCUUAGGUAGAUAUCCUAUUUAUUUUCCUACCCAGUCGAUAUGGAACAUAAGGGAGAUAACUCAAGAAUGAUAGGUGGUUUUAGAAGUUGUUUAAAUAGUUCAUCAAUACAAAUUACAAGCAUGGUAUUAGGUAUAAAUUCAUGAGGAUAUGCCAUACAUACCUUUGUAAGCUGUUCACCAUUAUUUGUGAUGUAUUUAUGUUUAAAAAAAAAUCAUCAUGUGAAAUUGCAAUUUUCAUGACAAAAUCCUGUUUCGACAACCUCUUGUUUAGUGGGUGGAAUGAUCCUUUUUUGCCAAAAUUUAUAAAUAAUUUGUUGUUUGAUGUUGAAACUGGGACCAAACUCUAGUGCUGAAUUUCUGAUGACUUUCAUAUGGUGCAAAUCUGGUCUUUUUAUUGAGCUUAUGUCAACACUGGAGCUGUCCUAUUAAAGCUACGCGAGAUUGUGUAAAUAGUUGUAGGCCAGUAAGUCAGUAUUGUGAAGAAUAUAUAGUGGACAUUAUGAUAAACAUAUUUAGAAAUGUGUCUGUAAUGCAAUGGUAGAUUUCAUCAGAUAUUAGCUGUUGAGAGGUAUUUUUGAGCUACUCAAGUUACUUCCCUUUGCUUCACUCGUUAAGUUCCAUGUAAACCCCAAAGUUCAAUGCAAUGAAACAUAAUAUUUCAGUAUUUUAUCUGAACACUGUCAGAAAGAUUUAGCUAUGGUGCAGAAAUUUUCCUACAAUUUUUCAACUGGGUCCAGGGUCCAUUGAAUUGGGAAUUUCUACUUAACAAAAUGUGACAUUGGGAAAAUUGCCUUAGUAUAGGACUUUGUAUAUAAAGCAUACUUCAUCAUUCAAAAGUGACUUCAAAAUUGGGAAUUUUUUAGUGACAAAUUGGGAAUUUCACAAGAUUUUUUAAGAGGAAUGGGUCCUUUUAACUGACCCUGUUUCUAAAGUAGACAAAGCCCUGUGGUGUGUAUUAAACAUUGAAUAAUAGCCUACAAUUACAAUUAAAUACUAAUUGGUUGUUUUUUCAGACAUAAAUACAACUAAAACAAAAACAUAAGAUAUGAUGAGGGAAACGGAGAUUGUUGUUAUACAGUAAAUCUCUAGAAUUUAAUUCUGUCCUGGAUUUGUAAUCAAAAGAAAACCUGAUAUAGUAAUUGUCAAAUUUGUCAAAUUUGAAAUAUUCCAACAUGUCGGUGUCCUUGGACCUCAUAGGUUGGCAAUAAACACCAGGGUUACAUAAAUUACAAUAACAAAUUUACCAGGGUUACACAUACCAGGUAAUUAAAUUAAAAAUGCAAAGUUUUGUAUAUUAAAACCUCUAACGAUACAGUGUUGUGUUAUGCAAUUUGUUAAUGAACCCCAAAAUAUUUUUGUCCCAUUUUCCUUCAGGAAGUCGUGUACAAUUUGUUGCCAACAUUGGUGAAUUAUACAUGCUUUUUGAGAUGACUGACUAGAACAGCGCCAUAGAGUUACUGCCCUUUAUUAGAUACCGUGUGGUACAUCCAAUACUCGGCCAUGUUUACAUCAAUCCAGGGUCAGGACUGCUAAUCAAAGAUUUGACUUCAAUUUAUAUAUGAUUUAUUCACUCAAUUCCUUGGUCAUGUUUUACAUCACUAUCUAAGAAAUAGUUUCAAAGAUGCACUUUUCCAUCACAUGACUAUAAAUGUGGGUUGAACCCGGUUCAUAUUGAUUUUUGACAAUGCAUUUACAUGUAUCAAGAUAUUGUCCAUAAAUACAGACGCUAAGAUAUUUUCAAAAAAAAAAGAGGAAAAAUUGUUGUAAAGCUAAUACAUUUUCUUCUAGUCGAUACAGCACUGGAAAAGUAUAAUUAUGAAUAGAAUGUUCAAUGUUGCAUUUUAUGUUAAAUAAACUGUUGUUGUUUAGAUGUUGUAGGAGCUUUUGUUUGUAUUACAUUUGUUUUUGAGAAAUAUCUUAAAAUUUCUUGCAUUAUUAGCCAAUAAUUCAAAUAUUUCCAGAUUCUUAUCUUUGCCAAAAUCUUAUUGCAUCUUUUUUGCAUUCAUAUUAUAUUAAUAAUAAAUCUGGUAGCUGGUCUUGCAGAUGGUUUUGAUAUAUUUAAUGUAAAAUAUGCAAAAUUAUAUAAAUUAAAUAUUAGGAAAUUAUUUCAUUUUUAAGUGUUAUAUAUGUGUCUAUUUAAUGCCGAAGUUUAUAGGAGACUAGUGUCAAUUAAAAACAUAUACAGUGUAACUGUUGAUAACUGGAAAAUAAUCCUUUAAAAUAAUUCCAGUACUUUUGAAAAAUAUUUUUAUGAUCCAGCUGAUGGUUGUCGCCUUGAAAGCUUGUCCUAAAAAAAAAAAAAAAAAAAAAUCAGUAUGUACUUUUGUCUUGAUCAACAUGAUUCUACAGAAAAAAAACAAGCUCCUGACCCACAAUCCAUAUACUAUAUGUAGUACAUUGUAUAUAUGUAUCAUGAUAUACAUGGACUGUGUAGUUGUGAGUGAAGACCCUGUGUUCAAAACUGCAUAAGUAACCUACAGGUAAUAAAAGUAUCGGACUUUAUGAUUAGCAUUAGUGGACAUUGUUGUGAAGUGACUAGUUCCUUUGUUUAAAUCUAGGAUCACAUACUGUUCCCUGGCUAUUAAUAUACAACUGUAAGCUCAUCUUUAGAGAUAUGCAUGGCUCUUGCUUCAUUGUGUAACAGAUAAAAGAAUUUUCACAUAACCAACCUGUAAUCUAGCGAGUUACACCUGUAUAAAAUAUUUUUGCAUUUUUCACUAAUGUAUUAUACCCUGAAACAUUUUCUAUUGACUGUGCCAGUCAAGGAAUAUAUUGUGACGUCAUAAUAUGGAAAAAGAUGUGAAGUCAUGAAUGGCUGAAAAUGGCUGUCCUCAAUUGAUCAAGUCCUCAAUGUUUUUACUUUAAAACCUGUCGAAAUGUAAGUUUUCUGAUCUAAGUGAUAAAAAACAUCAUCGAUUUGUUUUCAUUUAACAUACAAUUUUAUGAACUAAACUCCGGAAGUUUUUGUUUUGUUUUUUGUUUGCCAAGGCUAGCAAAAUUUAAAAAGACUUAAUACUUUCAUAAAAAGAUCCUAUAUGUACAGUGUAUAUAUACUGUGUAACAGGUGCUGAGGACCUAUGACUUAACACAAAAAUGGAACUCUAGAGUGAAUAUAUUUAGACUGAACACACAAAAGAGGCCCAGAGUGAGUAUUUUUUAUUGAACCUUAAGCUUGCAGUAUAUUUAAAAUUAAAAAAAUAUAUAUAUAUAUAUAUAAAAUGGCUGUGAAAAAAAGCGUUUAUCAUAAUUGCACUACAUUGUAUGUAUAGAAAAACACAUUAUAACUGGGUGAAUGUGUUGUUCAGUCAUAGAGAAACCCAGGGCCCUAUCCAGAAAACCUAGUUGAAACACGAUACAAAAAAAAUUCCUGAAUAUUUCUUAUUGUGUAAAUCAAUGGAAUUUUCUAAUAACAACAACAACAAAAAUAUUUACAAGUGGUAGAUUUUGAUUCUUGAUUGAUUCUCAAAUUAAGGUGAGAAUAUUUGCUCACAAAAUUUGUGAUAUAGGGCGAGACAUUUUCUAUAUAGAACUGUGCUAUGUUGGUUGUAGCUGGCUAAACCAACUUAGUACUCUAGUCAUGCAAUUUUAAGAAAAAUCAAAUGCUAUAUUCAUCCAGUAAUAAGCCCAUGCCUGGUAAUAAGCCCACCCAUCAUCAGUAAAAUAGUAACACAUGCUAUUGUCAUUGCACUGCUAUAAGCCCACCCCCUUGUAUGGUAAUUAUUGCAUUAAGGUUGUCUCCCCUCUGAUCAGGUUGGAAAGGGAGAUAAUUAGCUAGAUAUGAUAAUUAGCAUUAAAUUUAGUCUAGAGAUGGAGAUCUAUUUGUUGUUAACCACAGGAACUUGGCAUGAAUUUCCAACCCAGGGUCUAUAUUAGAUAUUAUUUUUUGGGAAUAAGUGCCAUGGCCCUGUUGUGAAAACUAUCUUUAAUAAUAAAAUGAGCGAAGUUCACAUAGUGUAUUAUAAUGAAUUAAAACCAUUCACUAAAUAAUCAAUGAUUCAGUUUGAAAUUUGUUUCAGAUCUUCACAUAUUUUAAGGGGGGGGGGGGGGGGGGGGGGGGGGGGGGAAUAAAAAAAUUCUACCAAAUAAGUAAACCUACAUUAGGAUUUGGUUGGUUCAUGUAAUUCACAAGGUGACUGUCAGACAAUCAAACAUUAAUCAACUGUUAUUUAAUUGGAUAUAACCAUUUUCAUCUUAUGUUUGAAUUAAUAACUCAGACAAUUCAAAGACUAAGGUUAAUUUUGCUGUUUGGAGUGAAUUUUGUCCUAGGCUGUAUGUCCUAAGAGAAAUAAAGGUUGAUGGGAUAGAAGCAAUCAGUUACACACUAGUGCCAUGUCUGACCUUUAUCAUUGGCUAUAUCAUUGACUGUUGUAUUUGUUAUGGUUGUUGCUGCAUUUAGAUUGUCAGAUUAAUAGUCAAAGAUCUAAAUAAUUUUAAUUGAAAACUACAGAUAGAAAAAUGCAUGUAGUAGUAUUUUUAUGUUUAAUCAAUGAAAUGUUUUUAAACUUUUCAACAUUAACAUUUAAUUAUGUAAUAAAAGUUUCUGACCUUA